GCCGCCACCGCUGUUCCCGGCCACCGCUCUCAGUCCAGCCCCGGUGUUCCCUCCGGCGCCAUGAGCGGGCUGGGGCCGCAGCGGGAGCUGGAGGAGGCCGCCGCCCUGGAGCGCCGGCGGCGGCGGGAGCUGCUGCGGCGGGGCCGCAUCUUCAACGCACGGAUCCGCACCAUAGGGAUUGAUAAAGAUGCAUUGGAUGCACAGGUCAAGGAAAGGAAAAUACAAGAAGCAGCUGAAAAAGCAGAGCAUGAAAGAUUUGCUCAUCACAUGAAGAAAAAUGACAAGCUCAUGUGUCUGCUAGAAGAACGCCAGAAAAAUGAAAUCAGAGACCUGAAUAGGGCUCUAACUGAAUUCCAUAAGAAUUUUCAGGGGCCAGAAACAAGACGUGAGUUUGACCUGAAUGAUCCACAAGCCCUAAAGAAGGACAGACCUGCUCGAGUCUCAGAUGAUGAUCCUCGCUGUACCAUCUCUGGCAUGCAGAAGUUUGUGGGUGAAGACUUAAACCAUGAUCAGAGGAUGAAGUUUCAAAAGGAGCAAAUAAGGGAGUGGUCUCUUCAGCAACAGAAAGACUUAAAAAAUGCAUUAGCUGACCAAAAAUUGGCAGAUGAUCUUUAUGACAAGUUUAGGAUUGAACUUGACCGAAAGAUUAUGGAAGAACAAAGGAAAGAAGAGGAAAGCAGGCGUGCUGUUUGUACAGCUACUAAAAAUUUCAAUAAAAUCCAGGUUGCUGAACUAGAUCACAAAAAUGAAUUGGAAAAGGCUCAAAAAAUGAAAGAUGAUAUGUAUGAAAUAACCUGCCUGCUUCGAGGAGAUUUCCUGUCUGAAAACCCAGACCAAGCAAUCGGUCCUGGGGGUGUGCUGGUGGAUCGAUGGAAGGGGAUGAACCAGGAGCAGCUGAUGGCAAUUCGUGAGUUCCAAAAGGAGCAAGUUCUGGAGAAACAGAGAGCCAGAGAGCAGGAGCGCCGAAGGGACGCAGAGUGGGACCGGCAGCGCGUGCAGGCUGCCAGGGCCCAGCUGCUCUGGGAGCGGCACCAGCAGCGCCAGGACCAGGUGCAGCGCCGAGACCUGGAUGCUGUCAAUGCAGGGCUCUCUCAGGAGCAAAAGGCAAAGAACAUAUAUCUUAAAGAGGAAGAGUAUUCAAAUAUUCCAACAGAGGAGUUUUAUGCACAGUUUAAUACAUCCACCCGGUGAUGAUCUGGAUAAAUCAACCAGAAUUAUACAGAAGAGGAGAGACCUGUGUGUGCAUGGAUAUCUUUCAAUAUGAACUGAAUGUGGUCUGAGAAUUACAUUUCUGAUCAGCAUAACAGAUUUAUUUUCCCUGCUUCUCCCUGGGAAGCCAAACUGACUGUUUAGGAGACACAAUUGGUACAAACAAAAACAUUUCUUUUGAAAUAUUUUGGUCUGUUUCCUUUGCUUUGUACUUCAGGAAGUUUGGGAGAAUAGUAAGAAUGUGAUGAUGAUUUUCAUUCUUGCAGUAAUCUCAGUGUUAAUUUCCAUAAUGAAUUUAAUGUAUAACUCAUAACUAAUAGUAAUUACUAGUAAUGCUUUGAGCACUCUGGAUGCCACAAAGCCAGAAAUAAGCACUCCUCCCUAAAUAUUGAAGAGGAGACAUUCUGAGCUUGAGAGGGUGCUUGGGGCACUUACUUUGAGACCCUGAAAUGUCCUCUAAGAAGGCUUGGUAAAAACUUGGUGUCGUUGCUUGCAUUUUCUGUGCAAUUGUUCCAAGACGGCAGUUUGCUUUUCUCCAUUUCACAUAUCUUGUUAAGCCUUCUGAGCUCUUCUGUUUGUUUAAAUGAAUCUAAUACAGAAAGCAGGGAUUAAAUGAACAGAAAAAUUACAGGGUGGUUUUAAAACAGUGCAAAGGUGACUCCAUGCUGGAAUUCAGAUGCAGCUUGUGAUUGCACUAAGUGAAAAAUUUACAUUGAUUUUCUUUUAAGUAAAAAACUCAAUUUUUUGGUGAAAGUUAAGGGCCAUCUCUCCUUCUCCUAAGCUGAUACUUCCAUAGGAAUAUGCCUUCCAUAAAGACCAGUGGCUCCCACAAUACAUUGUAGUAUGCCAAAGACCUGUCUUACAGGAAAGGGAAUGAGAGUGUCCGGUGUUACUUGUCAGAAUAAUUAUAUUGAGUUAUCUGGUGACAAAAAGUGAUCUUGAAAGCCAAAAUGGGAUCUCACUAUUUAAAACCUUUCUUUUCAAAACCAGUGUGUUUCAACUGCGUGAUUCAAACAUGGAUUGUAAUAUUCACACAACCAUGAAAUGAAGAGUAAAAAGAACUUACACAUUAAUAAAUGACAUGUUAAAAUAAUAAUUAUAUGGUUAGUUACUAUAUUUGGGCAUAUUAACUGCCUCCUAGUUUUCAUUUUAUUUGAAGGGCAGAGUAUGUCUAAAGUAAUCUCCACAGCAGAAAAUGUUUCACAUAACUUGGAUUGGAUUUCCUAUGAGGUAAGGAGAAUUUUGCAGUAUAUUUCAAUAGAUCCAAAUUCUUAUAUGGUCAUUUGAGACAAUGAAAAGAAAAUGAAAGACAAUUCCCACUGGUUUUCUGUCUUACUCACAGUUAGCACCAGGGCUAAUGACUAACAUGAAACACAGGAAAAUGGACAAUAAGGCUCACAAAAUAUUGUCAUUGGGAGGAUACCAGAAUUUGUAUGUGCAUUUGCAUUGUUUUAUUGUAUAGUAAGAAAAAAGCCUCAUAAAUAAAUUUGAAGUAAGCAUUUCAAAUGGAACACAAGUGUUAAUAUCUAAGUUAAAAAUUGACCAAUAGUGAGUGCUACCUGGCGGUUUCAACCAGUUGAAAUGUGUUGACAAUUGUUAGUUGGCUUCAGUAGUCUCUGGACUAAGCUUGCAUGUAAAUGUGCAGAACUGUCUUGAUUAUUUGUAACUUGAUAAUUUUAUUUUUUAAAGACUAGAUUUCAAACUAAGUAUUUGUGUUUUAAUGCAGUGUUUUAAUCCCAUGGGAAGGAAGUGUUUCUGUUUAUUCAGUUAGUGCAACUGUACUGUAGUUGGCUCAGUCUUUCUACCCUUGAAAUUAAUGGCAACGUUCCUGCUGAUUCCAGCAGCAAAAGCAAAUCUACAUCAUAACUAACUGCAAUUCUCUUUACUCUUCCUUCCCUCUCCAAAUGUGUGUUUAUUGGAGAAAAUUAAUUUUAAAUGUUCUUUAACUAGUGAUCUGCUGAAAAACAUUUAACUCCUUAAAUUUAGUUUUUAAAUGUCAGAUGUUAAGAAACAAAAGACACUGAUUAAUGUACUUCUCAUGUCAGUUUGUGCUUAUGCUGAAUCCCUGGCUAGAAGAGAGAUAUUUACAUGGUACUUGGUAUGUUACAAACACUAAGAGCUUUUAGAAAGACCUAUAUUAAUGUCAUUUCCCUGCUUGAAUGUGUCCUCUGUGCUUUGCAUGGUACUGGUUAAAGCUUAUUAACAUACAAUGAAAUGAAACAGCCCAGUCAAACAGGCUGUUGUCAGAUCCCACAUGAUGAUUUGUAACUUCAGGCAUCUCUCUGUAAAUCCCUCUGCUAACCUGUUCCCAAUUAGUGACAUCUGGGACCAGAUUUUCUUGUAUUUGAAGCAGAGGCUGUAAGAAGUUUUUACUCUGAAAAAAAAAAAAAAAAGCAUAAAAAAGGAGAUGGGAAAUGUAAUAACAGAAAGAACUUUAAAUUCAAGUCCUAUAUAUGAUUUUACAAACAGUGUCAAUAUUUUUAAGUAUUACACCUCAGUGUAGUGCAUUAUAUCAUGAAGUGUUAAAGGUCUGACUUUACAGUGAUUUGUGUUAUUCUAAAUUUCAAACUUUAAAAGUCCUUUUCCCUUUCCUUUCCUUUCCUUUCCUUUCCUUUCCUUUCCUUUC